AUGACCAUACUCAUGACGGUGGCUCCGCUGCCUGUGUUCUCCUCCUCACCGCCGCGAGAGGGGAGCGAAGUUGAAAGUUUCAAGAGGAAGCACGGAAAGGCGUGUCUGUCCAAGGCGCGCCCACAGACUCCUAAAGUCAGACCCAACAGCCCAACAUCUGGGCGUUGGCCGCAAUUUCUUGGCGAAAACCCGCAUCUGCCUCUUUUCUCCGCUACACAAUUUCUUUCUUAUUACCGUAUCACGUUUUAUCUGUUGGUCUUAACACGGGCUGCGGGACACGGGGCCGAGGCGUCUGUAGACUCUUGCGAUUUCAGGCUGUGUCCCAAAUAUCACCCCGGAACUCCGCCUCUAGCAGGAGCAACUCCCAGACCACGACUGAAACUACAUUUCUCGAUGGCUGGACUACAAUUGUUCAUUCUCGGCCUUGUCUCCUGCCUUGGACAUGCCCUCACACUAUCCCAGCCGUGGGUUACAAACACAACCACAAACACCACGGCGACCCUCAAGCCCAGGUUGGCGCCCCCUUCGCGCACGUCAAUCUGUGGAUAUUCAACCGGAGACCCAUCCAAGGCCUGGUCAGCGCCGGAUGGAUACGACUGCCGUGUAGACACCUCUCACGGCCUCUGGGGGUUCUGUCCCACGACGGUCAUUGCCGCCCCAGACUGUAGUUUGGGUGGCUAUUGCUUCGAUGACAGCUCCUGUCUGGCCGGAUGCGGCCGACUUCGCAACAACACGAGGAUAGCAACGUGGACAUGCACACCAGAGGACCCUUCCUCGAGAUACUGUUCCUUCGCCUACCUCACCUUCGGGGUUGAUCAGACGUAUAGCUACUAUCACUGUGGCCCCGAUCCCGGCACCGCCCACUACAUGGCGCAGCCGACAGCCGAUAUUCCCGCCAAAACCACGGAUUCAUCCUCCCCGUCAACGCUUUCAGGGCGCUCUUUCUCGUCCGUAGCGGCUGCAACCUCGAGCUCUACAGUCUCCGUGGCUACAUCCGAGCCAACGGCAACGUCUAAUCCCACAACGGCAGCGGAUAACACAAACGCCAUCAUUGGCGGCACCAUUGGUGGUAUAGCACUGGUCUGUGGGUGCGUUGUUGCGGUGGUUUAUCUGAGAAACGUCAGAGCCAAGAAAACACCCGCGUUACCGCCGGGUUACACGAGGGGAGCGUCUCGAGAAGCAGGGACUGCAUCGCUGCCUGUGAAGACGGGUGGCUGGGGACCGAGGGAGCUACCAGGCCUCGAGGCGAGCACUUGA